CUGGAGACGGAGAGUGGGAAGAUGAUGACGGGACAGGAGGCGCCGCUGGCUAGUGAACUGGACGCCUGGCUGCAGGCACAUCCGGGCUGGAGUGUGGCCCCGAAGGAGAGCUCGGAGAGUGGGGCAAAGCAAAACGACUCCGAGUCGGAGUACGAGGAGUGCACCGAGUCGGAGACGGACGAGGAAGAUCCGGAGAAGAAGAAGGAGGCGGCGGCUGCUGCUGCUGCUGGAGAGGCUGCUGCAGCAACUGCUGCGGCUGAUUCGGCAGCAGCUUCAGCGGCGGCGGCAGAGCAGGCCAAGGCCUCGACCUCGACCUCCUCGACUGCUGUCGCCAUCCCGGGCACCACCUCGAAGACGACGAACAUCUCGCCGGAGGACGACGAGUACAAGGGCGACGCCGACCAGAUCAACUACUACAACAUUGCCCAUGGCAUCCACGAGCGCAUCACCGAGCAGAGUUCGCUGCUGAAGAACGGCCAGCUGAAGGAGUACCAGCUGCUCGGCCUGGAGUGGCUCGUUUCGCUGUACAACAACAACCUCAACGGUAUUCUCGCCGAUGAGAUGGGCCUGGGCAAGACCAUUCAGACCAUUGCCCUGGUCACCUAUCUGAUUGAGAAGAAGCGGAACAAUGGGCCGUAUCUGAUUAUAGUGCCGCUCAGUACGCUCAGCAAUUGGAUGCUCGAGUUUGACCGGUGGGCGCCGUCGGUGGUCAAAAUUCCCUACAAGGGCUCUCCCCAGGCCCGGCGCGACCUGACCGCGAAGCUGAAGUCGAACAAGUUCAACGUCCUCCUCACCACCUACGAGUACAUCAUCAAGGACAAGUCGGUGCUGGCGAAGAUCAAGUGGAAGUACAUGAUCAUCGACGAGGGCCACCGCAUGAAGAACCACCACUGCAAGCUGACGCAGAUUCUCAACACGCACUACACUGCACCGCAUCGAAUCCUCCUCACCGGCACGCCCCUUCAGAACAAGCUCCCCGAGCUGUGGCUGUGGGCGCUGCUCAACUUUCUCCUCCCCUCGAUCUUCAAGUCUUGCAACACCUUUGAGCAGUGGUUCAACGCCCCCUUCGCGACUACCGGCGAGAAGGUGGAGCUGAAUGAGGAGGAGACGAUUCUCAUUAUUCGACGACUGCACAAGGUCCUCCGGCCGUUUCUGCUCCGACGUCUGAAGAAGGAGGUGGAGCACCAGCUGCCGGACAAGGUGGAGUACGUGGUGAAGUGCGACAUGUCCGCCCUCCAGCGACUGCUCUACCGGCACAUGCAGUCGAAGGGCGUCCUGCUGACGGACGGCAGUGAGAAGGGGAAGAAGGGACGGGGCGGGGCGAGGACGCUGAUGAACAGUCUGAUGCAGCUGAAGAAGAUCUGCAACCACCCGUUCAUGUUUCAGCCCAUUGAGGAGGCGUACUGCGAGCAUGUGCAUGCGGAGGAGAAGACCGUGUCGGGGCCGGACCUGUACCGGGCGUCCGGGAAGUUUGAGCUGCUGGAUCGGAUUUUGCCGAAGUUUAAGGCGACCGGCCACCGGGUGCUGCUCUUCUGUCAGAUGACCAACUCGAUGACCAUCAUUGAGGACUACUUUGGCUACCGGGGGUACAAGUACAUGCGACUGGACGGGACGACGAAGGCGGAGGACCGAGGAGCGCUGCUCGGAAUGUUCAACGCCAAGGAGUCGGACUACUUUAUCUUUUUGCUGUCCACAAGAGCCGGCGGUCUGGGGUUGAAUUUGCAGACGGCCGAUACGGUGAUCAUCUUUGAUUCGGAUUGGAAUCCGCACCAGGAUCUGCAGGCGCAGGAUCGGGCGCAUCGAAUUGGGCAGAAGAAUGAGGUGCGGGUGCUGCGGCUGGUCACGGUCAAUUCGGUGGAGGAGCGCAUUUUGGCGGCGGCCAAGUACAAGCUGAACCUCGAUGAGAAGGUCAUUCAGGCGGGCAUGUUUGACCAGAAGAGUACGGGGACGGAGCGGAAGCAGAUGUUGCAGGCCAUCCUGCAGAACGACGAGGGCGACGAGGAGGACGACGAGAACGAGGUGCCCGACGAUGAGACCAUCAACCAGAUGAUUGCCCGCAGCGAGGAGGAGUUUGAGCUCUUCCAGAAGAUGGACAUUGACCGGCGAAGGGAGGAGUCGAGGGCGGUGAAGCGGAUGCCCCGACUGAUGGAGGAGAGUGAGCUGCCCAGUUGGCUGCUCAAGGACGAGAGCGAGGUGGAGCGGCUGACCACGGAGGAGGAGGAAGAUAAGAUCUUUGGGCGAGGGUCGAGGCAGCGCAAGGACGUCGACUACAGCGAUUCGCUGACGGAGAAGCAGUGGCUGAAGGCCAUUGAGGACGGGAACUACGAGGAGCUGGAGUACACCGGGCCAUCCAGAGGGUCGAGGAAGAAGAAGG